GGUGGCGGUGGACGUUGCUCUUCGUCGUGGACGUGCGCGAAUGGAGGGAUGCGAUGGGGGUGGUCGUGCUGUGCUGUCGCCGACGGAGAGGACAGCUGUCGCGGCGGCUGCCAUUGCCGUAGUCCGUCGAUACGAAGUGGAGAGGGCGGCGGGCCGCAUGAAGGCAGCGCUUUCCAGGCGGCGACACAGGCUUCUGCUGCAGAGGGUGUUGGACGCCCCGAACUGCAUCACGACUUCGGAGGCCGUGGUUCAGCUGUGCGCUGCAAUCGGCUCCGAUGUGCUUCCCUGGGCGACGCCACGUUGGUGGAUGAGGCGGGGAACUGGCGGGACUUGGGAGGAUUUGCGGGUGUGCGAUGACGCGACGGAUGACUACUUCCGGAAAAAGCUCCGCAUGUCGAGGAGAGUGUUCAUGGAGAUCACCGAAGCCUGUGCGCCUCAUUUGCAACGACAGGUCACGUUUUACAGGGAGCCGCUUCAGCCGGAUCAGAUCGUCGCGUACGCGCUGUAUAGGUGGGCAACAGGAGAGUCGUAUGACAACAGCACAUCAUCGUUCGGCAUUGGCAGAGCAUCCGGAGUUCGAGCCGUGCGCGAUGUGACAGCCGCGUUGUUCAGGGUCUACGGGGACAAGAUAUCGUGGCCGAUGGGGCUGCCAAGUCUGUCGAAGCGCGCGAAAGAGGGAACGCUUUUUCGCGGGCCGCCUGUAACGCUGCCGGGAGGGGUGAGGACGAACGGAUACAUCUUGGGCGACAACGGGUAUCCUCCUUCAGAAUGGAUAGUGGUGCCGUACGGAGGAAUCAAUCAGCACCCGAACGAGGAAAGGUUCGACAACAAACAGAAGGUCGCUAGAGGUGUUGUGGAGAGGGCGUUCGGGAGGUUGAAGGGGAUGUGGAGGCUCUUCCUGCGGUCGCACAAGACGAACUUGGACACUCUACCGCAGCAGUUCACGGCCGUCUGCAUUCUCCACAACAUCCUGCUCGAUGCUGGAAUCGAGUUCGACGAAAACUUGUUGUGGGAGGUCGACGAGAACGGGGUGAGGCGGCGAGUGGACCUGGGUGCACGGCUCGAACUCCGGAUGCUCUGCCAAUGUCGAACGUAUUGGAGCAGCGGAGUGAAGCCACCCCUAUCGCCCCAACCCCGGAGCGAUAGGGGUGGCUUCACUCCGCUGCUCCAAUACUUGUUGUGGGAGGUCAACGAGAACGGGGAAUUCGCAUUUGGCACUAUUCAAGUUUUCUUGUUUCCGAUGGAGACCUAUGAGCGCGAGUUGCUUGAAGCUGAAGAAGGAGCAUCAUGUAGUAGCCCGAGUGCAUCUAGCUCGUCCGACGAAAGCUUCUGCAUUGAAUCUGUGACAAAGUCGAGGGCGGGACGGAGUAGUUCAGGAGCGCGUGGGAAGAAAGACAAGGAUGUGACGGUGGAGAAAGCUCAAAAGAGAGUGAGCAGGGAGCGAAAGAGUUUGGCACCGACGAAAACCGGAAGCGAGAAUAAACAGCUGUCGGAAGAGGAAGAGCUGUUUUAUGAAGAAGCUUUAUCUCUUGCGAAAGAGUCGGGAUUGUCAUCGUGGAAACUCUCACAUUGCAAAGCGUUUCUGAAAAAGCAUGGGGGAACCGUCAGCGGCAAAAAGGCAGACCUACUGUCGAAAAUCGAGCAGAUCUGCAGGGAGGGAGGAGGAGGGAGGGUGCCACGUGGAAGGAGGGAAGAGGGAGGAGGGAGAAGGGAAGUUAUGGCGGACAGGGAGGGAGGGAGGCGAUCUGGCAGGAGGGAGGAGGAGGGACGUGUGCCACGUCUAAGGAGGGAGGAGGGAGGAGGGAGGAGGGAGAAGGGAAGUUAUGGUGGACAGGGAGGGAGGGAGGCGAUCUGGCAGGAGGGAGGAGGGACGGGUGCCACGUCUAAGGAGGGAGGAGGGAGGAAGGGGAGAGGAGAUAUGGUGGCCAGGGAGGGAGGUGAUCUGGCGGGAGGGAGGAGGGAGGACUAUGGCAGGAAGGAGGAGGGAGGCACUCUGGCGGGAGGGAGGAGGAAGGCUAUGGUGUAAGGGAUGACAACAGCGGGAUGGAGGAGGGAGGACUGUGGCGGRAGGGAGGAGGAAGGCUAUGGUGUAAGGGAUGAC